AUGGAGGAAUCAUCUUCCUCUUCUUCUUCCCAGUAUUUCUCCAUUUUCAUGAAUUUUCCUCUGCUUUCCUCUGUAUUAGCUUUCACCAUCGCACAAUUCAUCAAGUUAUUCACCACCUGGUAUAAGGAAAAGAGAUGGGAUCUGAAACGGCUUGUUGGGUCAGGAGGAAUGCCUUCUUCACAUUCAGCAACAGUUACAGCUCUUGCUAUGGCUGUUGGUUUACAAGAAGGCUUUGGAGGUUCUCUUUUCGCCAUCGCUUUCAUUCUCACUUCCAUAGUGAUGUAUGAUGCAACUGGUGUAAGGUUACAUGCUGGUCGCCAAGCUGAGGUUCUGAAUCAGAUUGUGUAUGAACUUCCUGCAGAACAUCCUCUCGCUGAGAGCAGACCAUUGCGUGAACUUCUUGGUCAUACUCCUCUACAGGUCAUUGUGGGUGGUAUACUUGGAACUGCCACGACAGUUGUUGGCUACUUAGUCACCUUAAUAGCCAAGUAG